AUGCGCCACACGAAGCUGGUGGUCGGGGAUGAGCUCUUUAUCCCACCGCAGAAACGGUACGUCAUCACGAUGCCGUUUACUGCUGUUGAAGAGCAGCAUUAUCAAAGCCUUUUCAGGCAGCUUGCCGAGCUGUGUGGAUUGGAUACCCAUGGGGCUCCCUUGCGGCCUGACUGGGACCCUAACGACUCUGCUGUUUUGGAGGCCAUGCGAUCGGCCUUGAAUCGUCUCCGAAAAACCGCGCUUCACCCGGAAAUCGGCGAUCAGAACCGCCGUGCCCUCGGCCACCGAGCCGGACCCAUCAGGACUCUGGCAGACGUUCUGGACACAAUGAUUGAGCAGAGCGAAAGCUCGCUGCGUGUCGAUAGGAGGGCCAUACUAACACACAAGCUGAAGCGAGGUCAGAUGCUGGAAAACUCGCCUAGAGUACAGUUGGCCCUUAAACUCUGGCAGGAUGUGCUGAAGGAGAGCAAGGCGCUGGUGCAGGCAGCUCGGGAAAAGCUGAUCUCGGAGUUAGAGAAGGCGAAGGAGGCCGGAGUGAAUGAACCCGAUGGGAAACCGCACAACGGAAGAUAUGACGACGAUAGCGAGAGCGACGAAAACGACGCUGAUGACCAAGAUAAGGCGGCGGGUGGACGUGUAGGCGACGCACAACGCGAGCUGCGAUAUGCACUCGAAAUUCAGCAUAGGGCGGAAUUUUUCUGUGCCAAUGCGUAUUUCCAGAUCAAGUCCAACGAGACGAUGACGGCACUUGAUUCGGACGAGUUCAGGAGGCUGGGGAGACUGGAGACGGAGGGGUACGAACGGGCCAAACGAGUUCGACAGGAGAUCCUGCAGGAAAACCGCGGCAAGGCCAGACGGAAGAUGGAGGAGCUUUCGGGGAAGGCAGCCUCGCAAAGCUUCACUGUUAUUCCAGAGUGCGUGUUUGCGAAGCCAGGUGGCAUCGAGGGACGCCGAAUUGCAGAGGAGCUGGAAGAGUUUGGUGGCCUACUCAACGACCAGGCAAACCAGAUCGACAGCUGGCGGGAGGCGGUGAUACAGUUGCUGCUAAAGGACCUAGUGGAUGAAGACGACGAGAUCGAGAUCACGGGUGACGAAUACGAGAACUCGACCAAGGUUCAGGACGAGAUCCAGGCCUAUCUAACCAUUCUCAAAGCGGCUAUCAGCGACCGGCACGUUGCACUGACAGGCAUCGCACCAAGCGAGCUAGCCAAGUACGAAGAGCAGGUCGCGUAUCGGCUGGCCGAAAACAAUGACGGGCCUGCACCGAAGCUGAUGAUGCGCCUGUUUAAGGAGCGACAAGCCGUCGUUCCCGAUCUGCAGGGCAAGCAGAGUCCGUGGUCCCUGAGGGCAGCUCUGGUGUCUCUGCGGGAGAGGUUGGCCAAGUUGCGCAUCCAUGCGAACAGCGACAACCGUCGGGCGCAGGUAGAGCAGGCCAGUAUCAUGGAACAGUUGAAAAGCACACAGGAGCAGCAGACAGAGCAGACCAAGGCGGUCGCGAUGCUCGAGAAGGAGGCAAAAAAGGUGCGGAGCGCGCUCAACACGCGAAUUGCGUUCUAUCGACAGCUGCAGAUCGUCUCCGACAUGGUGGCCCUCUACGAAGGCGCGCGAGAUGACGAGGCCAUCACGGCCGCUGUCCAAGAAGAGGAGAACCUAGGCAAUGCGCUGGCGACGGCUGAAGCGAAGCACCGGUACUUGGUGCACCUUAAGGAAACAAACGCCAAGGAUGAACACCGGCUUUGCGUGAUCUGCCAAUCGACGUUUGUAGUGGGCGUGCUGACGGUGUGUGGCCACCAAUUCUGCAAGGAGUGUAUGACAGCCUGGUUCCAGGCGCAUCACAACUGUCCGAUGUGCAAGCGCAAGCUCAGCCUGGCGAACUUGCACAAUAUCGUUUUGAAACCACAAGCACUCAAGGUGGUCAGCGAGAGCGCAGCCGAGGGAGACCAUGGAGACCAUGGGGACAACAGCAGUGGAAGCAGCCGAGGAGACGUUGGCGAGCAGUUUGGACGGCAGACAGGCCGGUCGAAGAAGACGGGCAUCUACUCGAAUUUCAGUGCGGACCAGCUGGACAUGGACUUGCCAGGCCCGUCAUUUACAACAAAGGUAGACACGCUGAUCCGUCACCUGUUAUGGCUGCGGUCAUCGGACCCUGGGACAAAGGCGAUUGUGUUUUCGCAGUUCCCCGAAUUUCUCGUCAUUCUGGCCCAGGCUUUCACGCACUACCACAUUGGCUUCUCCCGGUUCAGCGACUGCGACGGCAUCGCCAAGUUCAAAGAGGACCCGAGCAUCGAGUGCUUUCUACUGCACGCGCGAGCGCACUCUAGCGGGCUCAACCUGGUGAAUGCCAACCACGUGAUUUUGUGCGAGCCGUUGGUCAACACGGCGCUGGAGCUGCAGGCCAUUGCACGGGUGCACCGGAUCGGGCAGGAGAAUGAGACGACAGUGUGGCUCUACAUUGUCGACGGCACGGUGGAGGAAUCGAUCUACAACCUGUCGGUGCAGCGACGGAUGGAACACAUGGGACGGAAUCUACGCGGCAAGUCGGCCGAGUCGACGCCCGAGCUUCUGGACCGAAACCUGGAGCUGGCCAACUCUUUGGAGAUGCAGCAGGCGCAGCUGUCGAAGCUGAUGAGUAAGAACAAGAUGGCUGGUGAGGAGGUGGCCAAGGCCGAUCUGUGGAACUGUCUUUUUGGCAGCUCGGCGCGGCGGUCAGCUGCAGCGACGGAGGCGGCGGAUGAAGAGCAGCUGCAGAACAAUGCAUUAGUGCGGCGGCAUCUCCUGGCCAGCGUUGCAGAGGAGAGGCAGGAAUGA